GUCUUGGGUAAAAGGGUGUACCUUCCCAACAUUAUCUUCAAGCUCGUCCGGAACAAUACACCACCGGGCAUGCCUUACAACCCUUACGAGGCCACUUUUCGCAUACCACAUUCAGUGACAAAAACCGACAUCCGAUCAUACCUGGCUGCCGUUUAUGGGGUCAAAACGACAUACGUCCGCACGGACAACUACAUCUCUCCUGUGUACCGCAGGUUGGGAUACGAGCGCAAGCCAUUCAAAACGUAUAAGCGUGCCGUAGUCGGCCUCGUCGAUCCAUUCUAUUAUCCG